CCGCUUCCGGCUCGCGGUUGCUAGGCUACCCGGGCCCUCACAGACGGCAGUGGCUGGCGGGUGCAGCUAGUUUGUCCUCUUACCCACGCACUGCUUGGCCUCUGUACCUAAGUGCGGUGGCCGCCUGCCUCGCUGGGGCUUCUCUGCCGCACCCAUCCGUGCUGUUUGGGACGGGCCAGGGCGCGAAGGCGGUCGCACCCAUCGCUCUGCCCUCCUGAGAAGUUUCUGUUCUCCUUCCCCCUUCCUACGCUUAGGAAACCCCCUCACCACCUGCCCCGGACCAGGUUCCUCUGAACCCUAAAGGGCCCGCUCUCCCAACCCCGUGACCUUUUUCCAUCGACACUGACCGAGACGACUCUGUCGCGUGCUCCCAUCCCCAUUUCUUUCACUUUCCUGUGGCGACCAUCUCCCUUCUCAGGGAAAGGGAACCAUGGGGCCAGCACCUUGGGAAGAAGAGGCGGGAAGACACGCCGCCCUCCCUGUCUCAGCUUCUCGUGUGUAAUCAGCUGCCUAUUUGGAAAUUGGGCAGGAUUUGCGACUGGACGCUAAUGUCACUGACUAGUUUUCAUCCUAUCAUCCAGAAGUAACAUGUUCCCAGCCUUGGAAACGCACCUAAAGCAGACUAUUCCUGAUCCUUAUGAAGACUUUAUGUACCGUCACCUCCAAUAUUAUGGCUACUUUAAAGCGCAGAGAGGCAGUUUACCAAACUCUGCUACGCAUCAGCAUGUUCGGAAGAAUAACCCUCAGUACCUGUUGCAUGGCUCUCUUGGGGGAAAAGAUGAUUUGAUACCAGACACCCUGCAAAAGGAGAAGCUUCUAUGGCCUACCAGUUUAUCUUCAGCUGUGCACAGACAAAUAGAAGCCAUCAACAGAGAUUCACAUAUGCUGAGUUUACCACAUCUUAGGAGCAGACAGCUUCUUUAUGAUGAGUUGGAUGAAGUAAAUCCACGUCUUCGAGAACCCCAAGAGCUCUUUUCCAUUUUGUCUACCAAGAGGCCACUGCUGGCUCCAAGAUGGCCAAUCGAAUGUGAGGUCAUCAAGGAAAACAUUCAUCAUAUUGAGUGGGCUCCACCUCAACCAGAAUAUUUCUAUCAACCUAAAGGAAAUGAAAAGGUACCAGAGAUUGUAGGAGAGAAAAAAGGAACAGUUGUCUAUCAAUUAGAUUCAGUGCCUACAGAAGGUUCCUAUUUCACCAGUUCCAGAGUGGGAGGCAAACAAGGAAUUAUCAAGGAACUUGCUGUCACGUUGCAAGGACCAGAAGAUAAUACCCUACUGUUUGAAUCAAGGUUUGAGAGUGGGAAUCUGCAAAAAGCUGUCAGAGUAGACACCUAUGAGUAUGAACUCACCUUGCGAACCGACCUCUACACUAACAAACACACUCAGUGGUUUUAUUUUCGUGUUCAGAACACCAGAAAAGAUGCCACCUAUCGCUUCACCAUUGUCAACUUGCUAAAACCCAAGAGUCUUUAUACUGUAGGAAUGAAGCCACUCCUGUACUCCCAAAUGGAUGCCAACAUGCGCAAUAUUGGCUGGAGGAGAGAAGGAAAUGAAAUCAAGUACUACAAGAACAACACGGAUGAUGGGCAGCAGCCCUUCUACUGUCUCACAUGGACCAUUCAGUUUCCAUAUGACCAGGACACUUGCUUCUUUGCACACUUCUACCCAUAUACAUACACUGAUUUGCAAUGCUACCUCCUGUCAGUGGCAAACAACCCCAUCCAGUCUCAGUUCUGCAAGCUCCAAACUUUAUGCAGAAGCCUAGCAGGAAAUACCGUUUACUUGCUCACCAUCACCAACCCAUCCCAGACCCCUCAAGAGGCAGCUGCAAAGAAAGCUGUGGUCUUGAGUGCCAGAGUCCACCCUGGGGAAAGUAAUGGCUCCUGGGUUAUGAAAGGCUUUUUAGAUUUCAUCCUUAGCAACUCCCCAGAUGCCCAGCUCCUCAGAGAUAUUUUUGUCUUCAAGGUGCUUCCCAUGUUAAAUCCAGAUGGUGUGAUUGUGGGGAAUUAUCGGUGUUCCUUGGCUGGAAGGGAUUUGAACAGGCAUUAUAAAACCAUUCUGAAGGAGUCUUUCCCUUGUAUUUGGUACACCAGGAACAUGAUCAAAAGACUUCUUGAAGAAAGAGAGGUUCUGUUGUAUUGUGAUUUCCAUGGCCACAGUCGUAAGAAUAAUACCUUCCUGUAUGGCUGUAAUAACAACAAUCGCAAGUACUGGCUUCAUGAACGAGUCUUUCCUUUAAUGUUAAGCAAAAAUGCACCAGAUAAGUUCUCUUUUCACAGUUGUAAUUUUAAGGUCCAAAAAUGCAAAGAAGGAACGGGACGAGUUGUUAUGUGGCGGAUGGGAAUCCUAAACAGCUACACCAUGGAGUCUACCUUUGGCGGGUCCACCCUGGGUAGUAAAAGAGACACUCACUUUACCAUCGAAGAUCUAAAGUCCUUAGGUUAUCAUGUCUGUGACACCCUUCUGGACUUCUGUGAUCCUGACCACACCAAGUUCACUCAGUGUCUAGCAGAGCUUAAGGAGCUUUUACGACAGGAAAUCCACAAGAAAUUCCAUGAACUUGGACAAGAUGUAGAUUUAGAAGAAAGUUGGAGUGACAUCUCUUUGUCUGACAUUGAAUCCAGCACCAGUGGCUCUGACAGUUCUCUCUCAGAUGGUCUUCCUGUUCACCUAGCAAACAUAGCAGAUGAGCUGACUCAGAAGAAGAAGAUGUUUAAGAAGAAAAAAAAGAAGUCACUUCAGACUAGGAAACAGGGAAAUGAGCAGUAUCAGAAAAAAAAUUCGAUGUGGAAGUUAAAGUUAACAGAAGAUACCUCAGAAUUUGCUUCUACUCUGCAAAAGCAUCCAGCCUUUUUCAAAAACUCAGAGAAUUCCAGUUUUUUACCAAUGAGAAAUGAAAACCCGAGGUUAAAUGAGACAAAUUUAAAUAGAAGAGACAAAGACACCUCCCUGGACCCAUCAAUGGCCACCCUGAUUCUGCCUAAGAAUAAAGGGCGAAUGCAGACAAAUUUAAAUAGAAGAGACAAAGACACCUCCCUGGACCCAUCAAUGGCCACCCUGAUUCUGCCUAAGAAUAAAGGGCGAAUGCAGUUCUCAGGAUUGGAAUCCAAAGACAGUGUCCAUGACUGUACUGCCAGGCAACAUGGCCUUUGUCAUUCUUCAGACUUCUCCAGAGAGCAAAGUCCUCUGACCUUGCCUUUGCCGUCAGGGUCACACUCCCCCCUCUGCCACUCCCUUUCUUCUGUUUCCGGACACUUGCGGCCUGGACGCGCAUGUGCGAGAGAAACCGUCAUUCCCAGAGGACGAGCCCCCGGCAGAACGCAUGCGCCUCUGUACCGUAAGCCCCGCCCCGACCCCCGCGCCCCCUCGCGGGCGCCUGCCGUUUCUCCGGGCGGGAGGGGGGGCGGGGACUGGGAGGAGAGGCGCGCGCUGGUGCGUGCGUGCGCGCGCGCCGCGGGCGGGCCAGUGAAACCGGCGGCCCUGGCACGUGACCCAGGACCGGCUACCGGGUCGCUUGGUGGCUCAGUCUGUCUGUCCGUCCGCGGGUGCCAUCAUGGCGGACGCGGCCAGUCAGGUGCUCCUGGGCUCCGGUCUCACCAUCCUGUCCCAGCCGCUUAUGUACGUGAAAGUGCUCAUCCAGCUCAGCACAUUGCCAGUAUCGAUGGGAGGCGUGGGUUAUUCACAGGCUUAACUCCAAGACUGUGUUCGGGAGUCCUUGGAACUGUGGUCCAUGGUAAAGUUUUACAGCAUUACCAGGAGAGUGACAAGGGUGAGGAGUUAGGACCUGGAAAUGUACAGAAAGAAGUCUCAUCUUCCUUUGACCGCGUUAUCAAGGAGACAACUCGAGAGAUGAUCGCUCGUUCUGCUGCUACCCUCAUCACACAUCCCUUCCAUGUGAUCACUCUGAGAUCUAUGGUACAGUUCAUUGGCAGAGAAUCCAAGUACUGUGGACUUUGUGAUUCCAUAGUAACCAUCUAUCGGGAAGAGGGCAUUCUAGGAUUUUUCGCGGGUCUUGUUCCUCGCCUUCUAGGUGACAUCCUUUCUUUGUGGCUGUGUAACUCACUGGCCUACCUCGUCAAUACCUAUGCACUGGACAGUGGGGUUUCUACCAUGAAUGAAAUGAAGAGUUAUUCUCAAGCUGUCACAGGAUUUUUUGCGAGUAUGUUGACCUAUCCCUUUGUGCUUGUCUCCAAUCUUAUGGCUGUCAACAACUGUGGUCUUGCUGGUGGAUGCCCUCCUUACUCCCCAAUAUAUACGUCUUGGAUAGAUUGUUGGUGCAUGCUACAAAAAGAGGGGAAUAUGAGCCGAGGAAAUAGCUUGUUUUUCCGGAAGGUCCCCUUUGGGAAGACUUAUUGUUGUGACCUGAAAAUGUUAAUUUGAAGAUGUGGGGCAGGGACAGUGACAUUUCUGUAGUCCCAGAUGCACAGAAUUAUGGGAGAGAAUGUUGAUUUCUAUACAGUGUGGCGCGCUUUUUUAAUAAUCAUUUAAUCUUGGGAAAAUUGAGGUGUUUGGUGUCUGCCUUUUUUGUUCUUUUUUCCAGCACAACAUAACUUACCACUGAUAAUCCCCCUUUAGUUAUUCUGAAUUAGGAUAUUUUUGCUCCAAAUUCUUAUUUUACUUAACCAGAAGGGAAAAAAAAGUUGUAUUUUCCUGAAGCUACAGGCACUUUGUCAUGUGAUUUUUGAGUCUCAAUUUAAGGCUUUGUAAAAUGAAGAGUAGAAUUCCAAGAAGAAUGAGAAAUAAUUCUGUAAAACUUGACAAAAUCACUAAAUUAAACUAUAUGGGAGGUUAUGAAUUACCUUUUCUUAGGUAGACCCUAAAAAGUCAGUAGCUCGCACCAGAAUCUGACUCCCAUUAUGCUUCUAAGCACAUUUCAUUGACCUUGUCUCUCAUACUUCAAGAAAAGGACAGUACGUGGCUACAUUAUCCUAGAAAGUCUGUGUGAGGAUCUACCCCUUCAGUCUGUUUUUGCAGAGUAAUAAAAUGUCACCGACAGGGAGCCUCUGAGCCUACUCUAGUUCAACAGGCUGCCUAAAAAAAAUAAAUAAGAUAAAGGGUCAGCAACAACAAAGAAAAAGGACAAUUACAGAAAAUAAGCAAGAUUUGGAAAGGAAGUAUAAUGGCAUUUUUUUCUCAAAGGAAGUUCUUGUUUUCACGUCAAAUACGAAAAGUAGAUCCUGCAGGAGUAAUCCCCUUCUUUAAGAGCCAAGUAUUUGCCCGUGCUUAAAUUACACCAUACAGUUCUAAUUGUAUAUAAUCUUUUGUUCUUCAGUUUUUUGUUUUGUUUCCUUUUUGUUAUUGUUGCCGAAGGUGAGUAGUUUUGCAUUUCUGAUGACAGCCUUGGAAAGUAUAUUUGUAACUCCAUGUCUGGUAAUGCCAACCCAAGUCCAUAUGGGUCUUAGGACACUGACCGCCUCACAUGCCAUACCCUCAGUUAAGCAUGUUAACAUUUAUAGGAGGAAAAAAAAUCACUUUAGGAGAAAAUAAAAUUCAACUCAAGCAUAAAGCUUCUAUUUACUCAGGCCUUUUAAAAAGCAGGUUAAAAUGCUCUAAAAUGAGAAAGCCUGUGGUUUCACUUAUUUAUAUAAUUCACUGGGACAUUGCCAAAUGAGUAAGCACUUAAUUUGCUGCUUCUGAGACUUCUCUAUCAAAACAGCCCCACUAAUAAUGUUAGAAUGAGAAUGCAGGGGUCUCUUCCCCCCCCCCGCCCCCGGGUUUAGGAAGCUCAUGAGGAGCUCGGCUUAAAAUGUCUUUGAUGUCUCUUCCUUUGUCUCAAAAAGUAAUGUCAAUUUUAUAUACUAUUCAAUAUUACUAUCUGCAUUUGUUUUAAUAUAAAAAUGCUUGCUGCCUACCUUUUUCUCCCAAAAAAUCUUUAAGUAAAGAUGAUCUGGGAAAAUGU